AUGAAGCGCGUUUCACCAAAAAUAAUUGAUAAAUUUAAUGCAGAUCCUCGAUCAUCAUUAUAAUCCUGUCAUGUAUCUAAAUCUAAACCUUUAAUACCAAAAACCCCGCUUUAAUAUUCAAAGUCUAGUAGUUUAAUUUAAUCUUUAAAUGGGUUGAGCAAGUACUUUAAUAAGAAAGAAGAAAAUAACCAAAUUGCUUAUUAUGCACCUUAAAGUAUUUAAAGAUCAUCAGCUUCAUUAUCACACAGGGAAAAAAUAACUGAUGAUAUUUAAAAUAAAAGUCCGCUUUUUGUAAAGUAACUGUUAUUUGGUAAAGAUAAUUAGAAGGAAAAUUUUAAUUAUAUAUCAAGCAAAUCAGCUUAAAUACCUUAUUUCAGUAUUAUUUAAGAACCGAAGCUAGUCAAAGAUAAUAAUAGUAGUCAUAAAAACAAUAUAAGUAAAAUUCUUAGGAAUGAAAAAUCUAUGAGUGGAUCUAUUGAUAAUCAGUAAGAUUGGAGAGUGAAAUAUGAGGAUUUACAACAAAGUUUAUGCGAGAGAAUUCAAUAAUUAGAAAUUGAAUUACAAAAUAUGGAGAAAAAUAAAAAGAUUGAUCAAAAGCAUACUGAUUAAUAAACAAAUCAGUAUAUUGAAAAAUUACAAUAUAUUGUAUCUGAAAAGGAUUAAGAGAUUCUUGAAAAGGAUUUAAAAAAUGAGAAACUACAAAAGAUUAUUGAUAUGUAGCAAAUAGAAAUAUAGAAGUAUAAGGAUGGAAUGUAGAAUAUAAAAAACUCUAAUGAGAUCCAGAGAUUAUAGUAAAUAGAUUAAAAAUUCCAACUAAUCAAAGGAAAUUUUUCAUCACUUAAAAUUAAUAUUUAGCAAAUUUUUGAUGUUGCUUAAUCAGAAUAAUAAAUACAUAAUUUAUCUCUAUCUUCCUAUUCUGUAAUUGAGAUGAUCAAUGAGUUCAAUUAAGUCAUUGAAAAGAGCACUUAGAAGUCAAUGCAAAAGUAAUACUAAAAGGAAUUCUAAUUGCCUUGA